AUGUUGCGAGCAAAGCACAUAAGUAAUCUUUCAAGCAGUGCGAGGUCAUUUUUCCUUAAUGGGCCACGAUGUAGUGCAACAGAAGGAAGUUCAUGCACUUGCUCUGAAGAUGAAACUUGUGUUUCGCAAAGGCAGCAAACAAGAAAUGGAGGGCUACUUGCCCAAACUCCAUCCCCCAUGGUAUCCAAACCUUCAGCAGGGGCAGGAACCAUCAUCACGGGAGAUGCAGUUACAACUGCCCCAAGAUCUUUUGGGAGAUCGGAGACUGUAACUUAUUCUAAUUGCACGGAUGCGGUACACUCAUCACCUCUUGUUGUAGACCAGUUUGCUAGGGCUGGAGUUGCAGCUGCCCCUCUCCGGUAUCAAGCCCUCGCAUGUGAAACAAAUAAAAGAGAGCAUUUCAUUAGUGUUCAUCCAAAACCAUCUACUGAGACAGCAGCUGCAUCAAAGCAUACAAGUAAUAAUCAUGGUUCAAAGGGCAAAGGAGAGAAACCCAGUUUGGUUAAAGGUCUAAAUCAUGUUCCAUACACUAGGACGGAAAACUCAGUGGUGGCUCACACUGCAUCUUCUGACACUUUUGGUAAAAGGUCUAUGCCACGGAAAUCAAAAGGGCAUUCAAACAACUUCAUUCCAAAUUACAGUUCCAAAGUGCAGACUUCUGAUGCAGAGAGUAUGGGUCGUGUCACCAAAGGUUUCAAUAGACCCACAAGAGAUAUGAAAAUGCCAACAGGGAUAGCUCCAAUCAACAGACAGUUUGUGCAUACUGGGAGUGUUGUUCAAAAUGUUUCUCACAUACUGCAACAGAUGAGAUGGGGUCCUGCUGCAGAGGCGGCUCUUGUAAAUCUCAACUGUUCAAUGGAUGCAUAUCAAGCAAACCAAAUCUUAAAGCAACUUCAAGAUCAUUCUGUUGCUCUGAGCUUUUUUUAUUGGCUAAAGAGGCAGGCAGGAUUCAAGCAUGAUGGGCACACUUAUACCACCAUGGUUGGCAUCCUUGGUCGUUCCAGGCAGUUUGGUGCCAUUAACAAAUUGCUUGAUCAGAUGGUGAAAGAAGGAUGCCAGCCAAAUGUUGUGACAUAUAACCGGCUGAUUCAUAGUUAUGGUCGUGCAAACUAUUUGAAAGAAGCAAUGAAUGUGUUCAACCAAAUGCAAGAAGCAGGGUGUGAACCUGACCGUGUCACCUACUGCACACUAAUUGACAUCCAUGCAAAAGCUGGGUUUCUUGAUGUUGCCCUACGACUGUAUGAUGGGAUGCAAGAGGCUGGUCUUUCUCCUGACACAUUCACUUACAGUGUAAUGAUCAACUGUCUUGGAAAAGCUGGCCAUUUAGCUGCUGCUCACCGUCUGUUCUGUGAGAUGGUUAAUCAGGGUUGUGUUCCUAAUUUGGUCACGUAUAAUAUCAUGAUAGCUUUGCAGGCCAAAGCAAGGAAUUAUGAGACUGCUUUAAAGCUCUACCGUGACAUGCAAGGUGCUGGAUUUGAACCAGAUAAAGUAACUUAUAGCAUAGUAAUGGAGGUGCUUGGCCAUUGUGGGUAUCUUGAGGAAGCAGAGGCGAUUUUUGGUGAAAUGAAACGGAAGAACUGGGUACCUGAUGAACCUGUUUAUGGUCUUUUGGUAGAUUUGUGGGGUAAGGCAGGUAACGUCGGAAAAGCCUGGAAUUGGUAUCAAGCAAUGCUCCAUGCGGGUUUACGGCCUAAUGUUCCUACUUGCAAUUCUCUGCUCAGUGCUUUUCUUAGGGUGCACCAGCUGUCUGAUGCUUAUAACUUGCUACAGAGCAUGAUGGGUUUAGGUCUGAACCCUUCUCUGCAGACAUAUACCUUGCUUCUCAGUUGUUGCACAGAAGCACGGUCACCAUAUGACAUGGACUUUUGUUGUGAGCUUAUGGCCGUUACAGGCCAUCCUGCACACACAUUCCUACUGUCUAUGCCAUCAGCGGGACCUGAUGGUCAAAAUGUGCGAGAGCACAUGAGCAGGUUCUUGGAUCUGAUGCAUAGCGAGGAUAGAGAAAGCAAGAGGGGGCUUGUAGAUGCAGUAGUGGAUUUUCUUCACAAGUCAGGGCUAAAGGAGGAGGCUGGUUCAGUCUGGGAGGUGGCUGCACAAAAGAAUGUUUAUCCGGAUGCCAUUAAAGAGAAAAGCUCAUGUUAUUGGCUUAUAAACCUGCAUGUUAUGUCUGAUGGUACUGCCGUGACAGCGCUAUCCAGGACACUUGCUUGGUUUCGCCAACAAAUGCUAAUAUCUGGGAUUUGUCCAAGCCGAAUUGAUAUUGUCACUGGAUGGGGCCGGCGGAGCAGGGUGACAGGAUCUUCUUUGGUGAGGCAGGCAGUGGAAGAACUACUUAAUAUGUUUAGCUUUCCAUUCUUCACUGAAAAUGGCAAUUCUGGGUGUUUUGUAGGAUGUGGGGAGCCUCUUAAUAAAUGGUUGCUCCAAUCUUAUGUGGAGCGAAUGCAUUUAUUGUAA